AUGUCUACUCAGCGGUCGCAUCAGAUUUCACGGGAUUACAUUGUUUUAAUUCCACUACAAAAAACGUCAACAAUUAAUGUCGCCUCAAUCGAAAGACAGACGAAUGUUGACCCAACAGAUAAAAACAUUCUUCAUAUUGGUAGUGGAAAUAAUAUCGACUUCAUCAUAUACAAAAAUGCAGAUUCAGCGCAAGACGAGAAUGAACCAGUUGGGUAUACAACUCAGUUUAAGGUGUUUAUGACAGAUAAACAAACAAAAGGUGUGCAUCAAGAGAAUCGCGUAUUACAUUUUUGGUUUUACGAUCAAAACGAUGAGGAGUAUUCGGAUGAUGUCAACGAGUUCAUGCGUGGAUUAUUCAAAUCAAGUGAAUUUCCUCGUGAUUAUUUUUUGUUUAUCAAACGUUUAAUGGAGCUGUUGAGAAGAUUCGCAAUGAUACGUAAGAUACAAUUGGAAAUUCAUACGUUAACUGAUCAACAACUAGAUAAUGAUCAUCCGUUUUAUGAAAAUAAUCUCCAACGAUAUGGCGACGAGGUGAAAGAUAGACUACUGGAUUUACUUGAACAAGCAUUUCCUAAUCCAAUGUUUGUGAAUGAUUUGGCGAAAUAUGUUGAAUGUGACGGUGAAACCGUUUUUCAGUAUCUUGUCGAAUUAGAAGACAAAAAUCUCGUUAAACAUCUUGAUCAUGAUGGUCAACAAUGGACACGUGUUGUUGUCUCGGCUGAAGAAGAAGAUACUCAUCAAGUUAUUCCCUACAAGUCAAUUGCAGAACUCUCAAACGCAUUUCGUCCAACGAUUGCUAUUAUAACAGUAAAUUAUUUUGAGAAACUAGCUGUUGAUGCCAUGAUUGAAAAUAAAAUCACCUUUGUUCGACAAAAAGCAGGGGAAUCAAAUGUUUACACAAUCGGCACUAUCGGAUCUCACCAUGUUGUUUCAACAAAAUUACCAUUGAUCGGUCGUAGUCGAACAGCUCAAAUUUCAACAGGAAGUACAACGACUCGAUUAUUAGGCACUUUCCAGCAUGUUCAACACGUUUUUAUUAUUGGCUGUGCUGGUGGUGUACCACAUUAUACAGAUGCAAAUAAACAUAUCCGACGUGGAGAUAUUAUUGUUGGAUAUCCAAAUGAAGAAGAUUAUGUUUAUGGUAAAUAUACGCGAUGUCGAGAACGAUGA